UGUGUAUGUGUGUGUGUGUGUGUGCGCGCGCGUUCACUGGCUGUGCUGACGCUGCUUGCAUGUUAAAUUAGCUGGCUGCAGCCUUUCAGGGACAACCUCUUGCGGACCGCCGGAGCCCACAGUGCAAUAAAUAUGGCAGCAGAGCUAUCCACUUCCAUAAACAUCAAGGAGCCCCGGUGGGACCAGAGCACAUUCGUGGGCCGUGCUAAACAUUUCUUCACUGUCACAGACCCCAGGAACAUCCUCCUCACCAACGAACAACUAGAACACUCGCACAAAAUCAUCACUGACUACAGGAAAGGCAUAGUCUCUCCGGGUUUGACGGAGGACGAACUGUGGAGAGCCAAAUAUGUUUUUGACUCAGCUUUCCAUCCCGAUACCGGGGAGAAGAUGAUCCUCAUCGGUCGCAUGUCAGCACAGGUUCCAAUGAACAUGACGAUCACUGGAUGCAUGAUGACCUUUUACAAGACAACUCCGGCUGUGUUGCUCUGGCAGUGGAUCAAUCAGUCUUUCAAUGCAAUAGUCAACUACACCAACAGGAGUGGCGACGCUCCAAUCACAGUCAGUCAGCUUGGCACAGCUUAUGUGUCUGCCACCACGGGGGCAGUUGCCACCGCUCUAGGACUAAAUGCACUAACAAAGCACAUCUCACCCCUGAUUGGACGAUUUGUUCCAUUUGCUGCUGUAGCUGCUGCUAACUGUAUCAAUAUCCCACUGAUGAGACAAAGAGAACUUCAACACGGCAUUCCUAUAACAGAUGAGAAUGAUAACAGGUUAGGAGAGUCGACGAAAGCAGCACAGCAGGCCAUCUCUCAGGUUGUGGUGUCCAGAAUCCUCAUGGCUUCACCAGGAAUGGCUAUUCCCCCAUUUUUAAUGAACCAUUUGGAAAAGAAGGCCUUUCUGAGGAAGUUCCCAUGGAUGAGUGCACCUAUUCAAGUCAGCUUGGUGGGAUUCUGCCUGGUGUUUGCCACCCCGUUGUGCUGUGCGUUGUUCCCUCAGAAGAGCUCUAUAUCAGUCAGCCGCUUGGAGCCGGAGCUGCAGGAGAAGAUCCGGGCCAACCACCCAGGAGUGGAGAGGGUGUACUUUAACAAAGGGCUAUGAGUGUGUGGCCCCCUCAUCCAAACACUGCCAUAACACAGCUGCAGGUUCAGUCCUCGCCUCUCUGCCAGCCCUCCUCAUUCAGUGUGCCAAAGUUAAGUUUGUGUCUCCUCAUUUCCACCAUUUAGAUGGACAUCUGAGGACUCCCUCUCUCAGUCAGUCUCUUUGUAAUGAGAUGUUUGCUUUUGUCAAUGUGAUUGUUGAUUUUAUUGUUAACUGCUUCAGAAGAUUUUUUCCUGAGUGGGCUGGAUGAAAAAUAUGAUGUGAUGUUUGAUCAUGACAGAUAUAGUGGUCCGUGUCAGACUGAUUUAACUGAACAUUUUAUCUUCUGUACAGUAUUUUAAUUUUUUUAAGUUGGUGACUUGUUGAUCGCCACCAAAACAUUUUCACACUCUACUACCUAAGGUUGGCAGGCAGUUGAUGAUAAUAAUCAUAUAUUUACCAUUGAUUAGUCAAAGACCUCUGCAGUUCAUGCAUUUGCCAAAAUCUGUACUCAGAUUUUCUCAACCUCUCAAUGAUAAUAACCUCCUACUCUUAACAGUGUUAUUUUAAAGAAUGACAUUCAUUUUUCUUAACUUUAAUUUAGUUCAUUUUGCCAAAUGAUUGACAUUCAACAAUCAGAACACAGUAUUCCACCCUAUAAAAUGUGAUGCUAUGAUGGUGGCAGCCAUUGAUGGGCCAACACGGUGCUAUUUGAUGUCUUAAUAAUCAGUGUUUAUCACAGUAUUUAUUCUUCUUACCAAACAUGAAUGAACAAACCACUCCUCAUAUGAGCAUUAUGGUGUUUCUCUGUGAGGCCUCAGCUUCAAAGAGAAAUGUCACACCGAGCUACAGUCAAGAGAGCUGAACGGUGGUGACAAAUACUGUUGUCAAUAAUCUUUUCAGCAAAACGCUAUGCUUCUCGCUUCCACAAUCCCCAAUUCAGGAUUUUGUGAUCUCAGUAUUCCACCAAAAUUGAACUAAUUCAUGCCUUACUCUCUUCUUUACCUUUAGGCAACAUGUUACCACACAAAGAGACCCAUUUUAGAUUUAUGUUGGAGUUUAAUCAGUUGUUUUCCGGCUGUUAUAGAACAUUUUUAUAUUCAUUUGCAGCCUAUGUUAGAUAUGGAUGUCAAUAUUGGGAAAAUAUGCCAAAUAUGUUCUCAAGAUAUUAUUUUUCAAGGCAAGGAUCAAGAUGAUGUAUAGAAGGGUCCAUCUGACCAAUUAAUGUUUAAGCUAUGACUUCAGUCAUUACAUUGCAUCGUGAAACAUCUCAAAUCACAGUAAAGUAGUAUGAUAACUUGCUGAAGCUGAAAGCUUUAAUCCGCAACAAACAUCCUGCUACAGUAUACCACUACAGUAUUUUAUUGUUAAAGUUAGAAAUAUGUCAUCAGCACACACUGUCUCAGCUCUUGUCUGGUGAGCUGAUAAAGCAGCUGAAAAAUCAUCAUCAUCAAACUUUUGUUCUGUACCUGUACUGCAGUGUCAGUGUUAACAUGAUGAUGCCAGUUUGGUGUGUAUGAGCCCGCUGGCAUUCAUCCAGACGGCUACCAUCCUGUUGCCGUGUGUUAAACUGGUGGCCUGUUAAUGCCACAUUAUCAGCGACUGUAUUUUACUGUAUGAAGUUGUAUCGUGGGGCUGAUUUCGUAUCAGAUAGACUGGACAGCAACAUCUUUAGCCAAGUUUAAAAUCAGGGAUCAGAGGGAAAAAGAUGGACUUGAAGCCACAAAACUUUUAGCAAAUUGUUUGACCAACCUAGCCUCAUUAUGAAACUUUAAAAAUCAUGUAUUCUAAGGACCCAAUGUGUGUUAAAAAUCAUUCGGUCCAAUUAAUGCAUAUGUUUACACAAAUCUUUUUCAAAUGCUUGUGAACAUUGAUUUGCUCAUCAUGGUGUGUGAUUUCCGUAAGGUGUUUAAUGUUUAAUAUAAUGUAAAUCUACUAACAUAUAUUGCUGUAUAAGUAAGUUUAUUUUAGAUCGUCAGUGUUUCCAGAGAGAGUUGGAGCUGUUCCCUUGCUGGUUUUUGAAGUGAAGUUUGUUAUUCUAGUGUUAAAGGUAACUGAAUGUAGCAUCUUUUCCCCCCAAUUACAGCUAUCUACUGUGUGUUAGUCCAGAAAAGCACAAUGUUGUAACAGAUAUUCAAAUGCUGCACAUUUUUAAAAACCUCUUCAGUUUCCUGAGCACAACGCUUUUCAAGUACAUCUUUAAUCAGUGAGGGAGAGAUCGAUGACAAAUACUAAACUUGCCCUCUGGUAGACAUUAUUUCUGAGUGUUCCCUUAACAUUUAACUGCAUCUAACUGGACCUGAUUCCUCUUAAAUGUGUUGAAAAAUAUAUAAAAUUAACUCCUUAAUAACAUGUUCACAAAGCUUCAAUCUACCAAAUCAAAUUCAAUAUCACUACAGCCAAAGCGAUACAAAUCGACUUAAAGGGGAUUAAGUCAUUUACAUUUUUCAUUAAUUCAAACAAAUAUUUUUAAAGAAUAUUAUGACAAAAAUGUAUGAUUGUUUUGCAGUACACUGGGGUGAUGUAAUGUUUAGACUAACUGGAUGAAAUAAAGAUGAUGAAAUACUGUA